UUCCUUCUCUGGUGGGCGAUCCGGGCCUCUGGCGACCAGGCGGGAGAGCUCGCGCAGCUGCAGGAGUCGCGCUCCUUGGUGUGGGAACGUCGGGCCCCAGGCCGCAGCCAGUGAAAUCCGGCUGUCCCGAGCGCGGUCGGUGGUAGAGUCCCUAGCGGGGCCGCGGAUCGGAAGGGGCCUCUUGCGCCGCUUCCCGAGGGGCCAGCCGAGCGUCCGGGCGGGUGGCUGGUGGAUUGUUCUCCUUUCCAAGAAGCUUCAAGUUCUGCAGUCUAGUGGAAAGAUGUCGGCUCUAACUACCCUGUUCCAGUAUAUUGAUGAAAACCAGGACCGCUACAUUAAGAAACUUGCAAACUGGGUGGCCAUCCAGAGUGUUUCUGCCUGGCCCGAGAAGAGAGGGGAGAUCAGAAGGAUGAUGGAGGCUGCUGCCGCGGAUAUCCAGCAGCUGGGAGGUUCUGUGGAGCUGGUGGAUAUUGGGAAACAAAAGCUCCCUGAUGGCUCGGAGAUACCACUUCCUCCCAUUCUGCUCGGCAAACUGGGCUCUGACCCCCAGAAGAAAACAGUAUGUGUUUAUGGGCAUUUGGACGUGCAGCCCGCAUCCUUGGAGGACGGCUGGGACAGCGAGCCCUUCACCUUGACAGAGCGGGACGGCAAGUUGUAUGGGAGAGGUUCCACUGAUGAUAAGGGGCCCGUGGCCGGCUGGAUGAAUGCCCUAGAAGCCUAUCAGAAGACCGGUCAGGACAUCCCUGUCAACGUGCGGUUCUGUCUCGAAGGAAUGGAGGAGUCCGGCUCUGAAGGCCUGGAUGAGCUGAUUUUUGCCCAGAAAGACAAGUUCUUUAAAGAUGUGGACUACAUUUGCAUUUCCGACAACUAUUGGCUGGGGAAGAAGAAGCCCUGCCUCACAUAUGGCCUCAGGGGCAUUUGCUACUUUUUCAUUGAGGUGGAAUGCAGUGACAAAGACCUCCAUUCUGGGGUGUACGGUGGCUCGGUGUACGAGGCCAUGACGGAUCUCAUUGCACUGAUGGGCUCUCUGGUUGACAACAAGGGGAAAAUCCUCAUCCCUGGUAUCAAUGAGGCCGUGGCCCCCGUGACGAGAGAGGAGCAUGAGCUCUAUGACCACAUCGACUUCGACCUGGAGGAGUUUGCCAAGGAUGUGGGGGCUGAGACCCUCCUACAUGACUUCAAGAAAGACAUCCUCAUGCACCGUUGGCGUUACCCGUCCCUCUCCCUUCAUGGCAUUGAAGGCGCCUUCUCCGGGUCGGGGGCCAAGACCGUGAUUCCUAGGAAGGUGGUCGGCAAGUUCUCCAUCAGGCUUGUGCCAAACAUGACUCCUGAAGUGGUCAGCGAGCAGGUUACAAGCUACUUGACUAAGAAGUUUGCUGAGCUACACAGCCCCAACAAGUUCAAGGUGUACAUGGGCCACGGUGGGAAGCCCUGGGUCUCUGACUUCAACCACCCUCACUACAUGGCGGGGAGAAGAGCCCUGAAAACAGUUUUUGGUGUUGAACCAGAUUUGACCAGGGAAGGUGGCAGUAUUCCUGUGACCUUGACAUUUCAGGAGGCCACAGGCAAGAAUGUCAUGCUCUUGCCAGUGGGCUCAGCCGAUGACGGUGCCCACUCCCAGAAUGAGAAGCUCAACAGAUAUAACUACAUAGAAGGGACCAAGGUGCUGGCCGCAUACCUGUACGAGGUGUCUCAGCUAAAGGACUGACAGCCUGGUUUUCUGUGGACUGCCAUUCGGAGCAGAAGGAAUCCUGCCCUCUGCCCUGUCCUCUUCCUCUUCUGACUCGCCCAGGAAGUGGAAGUUCCCCUCCCUUUUCCUCUUACAGGUCACUCACAGACUGCCAAGAAUGGACACAGGUGCAUCCAGCUGUCGGAGGGUGGAGUUAGCUGUGCUGGCAGUUGGAAAUGCUUAGUCAUGGGGCUUAUCAGGGACAGCUGAGUGACCCCCAGGGUAGGUUCUCAGAGGUGGCCAUUGUGACUCAGCCUCCAGAAAGCAGCCAAGGUCCAAAAGCACAAGUUCCUCAGGAGGCACCUGCCGUCGAAUUAGGGUGGACAGGGCUUGCCCUUCUCUGCCCGCCGCCUCCCUGCUGCCAGGCGUGCACAGCUGGGACACCCAGAAAGGAAAUGGGAGAGUCCGAGGCUUCCUACACCAUGAUGGUCCCUCUGAGACCCUUACAGUUGUGUGUUUCUGUCCUUUCUUGAGACCUUGACCGUCUGUCUCCCCACUCUGUCAUGGUCCCUUGGAACCCAGCCUGCAAGUGCUAGUGACAGCACCAGUGCCUCUCCGUCCACUCUGCUCAAUAAAGUGAAAACAGAGCCUCUGAA